AUGUCGUGGAUGAAGCGGCCGCAAAGCGGAGCUGCGUCGAGACCUGAACAUCCUGGCUAUGCUGCAGCCGCCAGUCAGCCAUAUGGAAAUCAACAAAAUAUGUUUCCAAAUUACCAAGGGGUGCCUCCCCAGCAGCAACAACAAAUGUGGCAAGUGCCACAACAACAACAGCAGCAGUACAACCAGCAAUACGGUCAAGUUUAUCAACAACAACCAUUUGUAAACAACACUAGCCAGUACUUUCAACAACCCCAACAAUACAAUCAGAAUUAUGCAAAUCAAAAUUAUGACAAUACACAGCAGGGCUUACAACAGAACUAUUAUCAGAGCCAGACACCUCAAGUUCAAAACUAUAGUCAGAAUGAAGGAAACACAGAUGGCUGGGAGGAUAACUGGAACUGGGGCUGGGAAGACUCCAGUAAACAGCAACAGAAGCCUGCCAGUGAGGUGGCAUUGAACCAAACACAAGUCCAGCCUCAACAUUAUAAUAAUGCUAAUGUUUUAGAGGAAAGUUUCACUUCCACUAAUACUUGGAAUUGGUCUGUGGAGGACAAACAGCAAAAAGAUCUGCAGCUAAGUAAUGAUGUUCAGUAUGAUGGAGACCAGCAGGCUCAGGGAACAAGUGUGGACAACGAAAACAAUGAUCACAGCACCGGCAUGGGGACUUCUAGCCAGAGAAGAGUGAGCAAUGGUUCAACUCAUGAGGUUACAAAAGAAGUGAACAAUGUAAAUGACUUGGGAGUUAACAAAGAUAAUCUACCUAAUAUAUCACUAGGAAAACGAUUCAAUUUAGAAAAUUUAACACCCCAGUGGUCAAUAGAAUCCCAGAUGUCUCAAGAUUCAAGUGAUCUGCAAACUCAUUCUGAAGAAACAUAUAAAAGUGAAAACCAGUCUAGGAACUCCAGUAAAGACAGCCCCGGCCCACAUACUGAUACAUCCAAUUUUAAUUUUUCUCACUCUGGACCUCAUGAGAGUGGUGUUAUGAAUAGUGAAUGGUCCAAGCAGUCUACCGAUGACUCCCUAACAGUUAGUGUAUCAAAUAGUAAUUGUCGGCAGAGCUGUGAUGAACUUGCUAAUUCUGUUCAAGAGUUGACCUUAGCUAAUAGAGAGAGUGCAGAUCAGGGAUCAAGUCAUCCAAGCCAAAGUGUAGAAAAUGUAGUAGGACAUGUGCCUGAAUCUAAUCAGUUUGUUUUACAACAGACUUCAAUGCCACCUCCACCACCUGUCUCUUCAUUACACAAUCCUCAGGCUUCUCAAACAACUGCACCAUCAUCUAACACUGCUCCACUCCCGCCCCCCUCUCUCACAUCUACUCCUUCGUCAACCCCGGCGUCAGUAUCCUCUCAACAAAUACUUCCACCUCCAUCUGCAUUACCUGUUCCUCCAAUGACGAGUUUCUCUACAUCAACGGGCCAAAAUCCCUUCAAAAGUUCUAACCCUUUCUCACACAAAAACAUUGCCAAAGUUGCCUCAACCAACCCUCAGUUAUUCCCACCACAAGUGCCUGGGACCGGCUUGGCCUCUCCCGCAGCCGUUAAUAAAGUAGUUCAACAAGAGAGACUGACUACAAGUUAUGGAGUUAAUUUAGAGACCACGCCCGAUAACUCUGAGAGGCCAGACCAACCACAACACUCGACUUACAGACAAUUGCCAGUUAACUCUCAAAUUCCUGAAAAUUUAGAAGUAGCGCCGCAGAAUGAUAGAAACGAAUAUUUGCAGACAGCUCAUCUUUCUAUUGCCGAUUAUGGAGAAAAUACAGACUUCAGCGGCAACAUAGCUCCUCCUGGACUGAGACGGAUGGGAGUCGGCCAACAGGACCAAGAAUAUAAUCAGAAUUUAAAUAUUUCCGGGGACGAACCACCUCCCGGCCUAGCCCGAAUGGUCCCCGGUCAGCAAACCGAAAACGAUAAUACGUACAACCAGAGAAGCGACGACUACAUGGACCGGCAGAUAGACGGCCGGCCGACCGACACCGGCGGGCGACCAUACAGGCAGGCCGAGGGGCAACAGACUGCAGAUAGCUUCUCACAACCCGCCGCCAGGAACACGGAGCGGAGACCGGUCGGCCUGGACAGGAUGGUGCCCGGCGAGCCCAGCAACGACGACUUCCCGCAGUACCAGGCCGGUGGGUUCAGUGGACCCAACGAUCACAGGGUCGUCACCGGAGUCGACCACGACUACACUAUCACCGGCGAGGUCGGCCCCGCGGACGUACGGGAACAGAACGUCGACGGCUCCGACUACACGGAACCCGCGACGAGGAUCACACAGAGGAGCGUCCUCGGCUCCAGAGUGGAAGACGACGGCGACCCCGGACCGGCCGACUACGGGGUGGCCGGAGACGAGCGACGGCGGGAGGUCACUAUGGAGGGGGAGAACUUGCAAGAUUUGAGUCUUGUUUCCUCCACCGAAAUAUCAUUCUCUAGAGAUCACACGUACGACGGCAUCGAGCUCGGACCUGCCGACGAAGGCAAAGAGAGGACACACGAUGGCGCGGACAACACCCAGAACAAGAACUCCAGGCAGUCACACGGCCGAGUGACUUCCGGCGAGGACUCGGACAGGGAGCGAGGAGCGAGGAGAGACAGGGACAAGACCAAGUCCUCCAGAGACCGAUACAGGGAAAAGGAGAGGGGGAGGUACUCUCGGAGCGAUAGGAAAUAUGAUCGGGAGCCGGAGAGGAGGUCCAGCAAGGAGAGGCGAGCGGACAAGGAGCGGCGAGACAGGGAGCGGAGGAGGGGGGAGGAGAGUCCGGACGGGCGGCGACACAGGAGGAGCACGAGGAGCCACCGGUACGAGACGGAGGACACGGACUGGUACAGCGAUAAGGAGCGGGAGAGGAGAAAAUACAGGGAGGGGUCGUAUACAUCGACGAGGCCGCCCCGGGGAGAGGAGCGCUCUGAGAGGAGGCCGGGGACCACGGACAGGGAGAGGGAGAGGGAGGGGAGGUACGAGGACGACAGGGGGAGAAGGGGGGAGGGGAGAGACCGGCGGUACAGACCCAUCGACAUGAGGAAGGCGGAGUCUGUGAGGAGGGACCGAGCCCGGGACGACAGGAAGAAAGUCGUUACUUUCAGUCCUGAAGCUAAAAGUGGUCCUGAAGAGACGUACUCGUCGGGGUCACGCGGCGGGUCACGGGAGGCCACCGAUGAGGAGCCGACGCGACGACGAGACGACCGGCGAGAGGAGCGACGACCGACCAGACAGAAACAUUACUACGACGGCUACGUGGUGGGCGGCGCGGGGUGGGACGCCCGCCGCCAGUACUCGUACUACGAGCACCUGCGGCGCACGGAUCCCGCCGCCUACAUGCACGUGUACAACCAGCUCAUGGACCCGCGACACUCGCACGCUCUAUACAAGCAGACCUACUACGACGGGUACGGCGCGGGGUACGGCCAGGAGCGAGGCAGCGUGCACUCCGGGCGGUCCAGCGAGGCGGGGCUCAAGCAUGCUGACACGACGGUGCAUGGUACCGAGCCGCCUCCGACCUUAUACAGAACUCUCGCUGUACAUCGAUAUAAUGUCGGAGACGGCGACGGGCUUCGCUUCACGGACACUGAUGAUGGAAAGGAUCUGUUGGUGUGUGAUGUAGGUACGACGGGCGGGGCCGGGACGCCGCGUCGCUCAGGACCGACCUCUCGGACAGGUAGGGGCUCACACACACACAGACACACGCUCACACACGCACGCUCACGCAGCUCAUAG